GUCAUCGAUAUCGUUCUGAAUAACUUCAAACACAUGGACGACAAAUUCAUUGCAUUUGCAAUAUUUCGUUCAGGUGUUAAAUUGAUCGUCGAUUCCCUCAUUAUCUUCGUCACUUUGUGGUUUCACAGCAUGAACAACUUAUUCAACCCCGCACAGAUUCUUCGUGUUACAAGUUACAACAUACACAACACCAAUGGGCAGAUGUAUUUGCAGCCAUAGCACGAUGAAAUCGAAAUCUUUACCCCUCCUUAAUAUCAUUUCUUGAAUGGGUUGCUCAGCUUUCUCUUUAGCCAGCCACUCUUCUCAUCGACAAAGCUUUUGAAUGAUGACCCCUCAUUUUCACAAUGAGCUUCCCCGCUCAGUCUUUGUAGAUUUGAGGAAUCUGAACCAGAAAUGGAUAACAUGUUGUAGCGGAAUACUUAGAGAUCAACAUCAGCUUCAACUACUAGGCUCAAGUAUGAGCAAACCCCGGGUAAAGAGCUCUCCGCAGUUCAUAUCAGAUUUCACAUACAUAUGUGGGUGCGUAAUGGCUGUUGCAUCAUUCUACAUUCCAAUACGUGGAGUUUAAGUUCUUCCCCAGGUCAAAUCCGAAGAUCUUUCUAUAAACUCCUUCAUUCACUCUUCAUUUUUUUGCAUAACUUCCAUCCAUUCCUACUUCAACUACUUCAAUCAUAAAUCAUGGCAACCUAUCCUACAGAUGAUCAAGACUUCAAGAAUGCUUCGGCAGGACUCGUGAGUCGAAUGGACAAUUGUAUCAUUCAUUCCGAUACCGAUGAGUCUGUCGUGAUCUGGGACAAUCAAACCUACGAAUCAUUCAUCAAUGAUGAUGCAACUUGUCCUAAAGAAGUUGAUCCAUCCCUAUUCAGACAAUCUCAACUUUGUGUUAAGCAGGGACUUUUUGAAAUUAUCAAGGACAAGAUUUAUCAAGUUCGUGGCCUUGAUAUUUCCAAUAUGACCUUUGUUGAGACGAUCGAUUCAAAUGGUGUUGUGGUUAUUGAUCCCUUGACCUCCAUUGAGACAGCCAAAAAAGCUAUUGAGUUAUAUCAAGGGUAUCGUAAAGAUAAGAAGAUUUUAGCAAUGAUUUAUACACAUUCUCAUGCUGAUCAUUUUGGUGGUGGGAAUGCAGUUGUUGGUAUGCCGUUUGCUCCCUUACAUCUCUAUGCUUUAUUGUUUCGUCAUUUCAUCAUCUUUCAUUAAAUCUUGGGAUUUUCCAUAUGACAUUGGUCUUUGAUUGUGUUUAACAAGCUAUUAUUACCUACCGACGUUCCAUAUUCAAUAUGAUUAUGUCGACAAGGAUGAGAUGGAAGGAUUGAUUGGAAAGGUAUUUCGCCAGCUAACGUUAUGACCUAUAAUGAAACUUGAAGCCAUUGUUUCGGAUUCUGAACCUCAUUACAUUUUUCUUAAAUUUUUUCCAAUUUAAUGGAUAUUGUUGUUGGUGAUGGACCUAGCUUGAGUCAGAAUUAUACUAACUUUCAUGAUUACAGAGGCUUCAGGUGGUACCCAAGAGCACCCAUACGAUGGCACUCUACAGGACAUAUAUGCACCGGCUGAUUUCCUUGACCAUGCUGUGAGCGAAAAUGUUUACGCUGGUGUAGCAAUGGGUCGUCGAGCUGUAUAUAUGUACGGUGAAUCACUUGAAAAAUCUCCUACAGGACAAGUUGGAACUGGCUUAGGCAUGGCUACAUCAACUGGUGCUAGCUCAUUGAUUCCUCCAACAAUAAGCAUUAGUAAGACGGGACAUAAAAGGAAGAUUGAUGGUUUGGAUAUCGUUUUUCAGGUGACUCCUGGAACUGAAGCACCUUCGGAGAUGAACUUCCACUUUCCUCAAUACAACGCUCUGUGUAUGGCGGAGAAUGCAACUCAUACUUUACAUAACCUUCAAACAUUAAGAGGUGCAUUGGUUCGUGAUGCUCGAGUCUGGUCUCGGUAUUGUGAGUACAAUUUUUCCUGCCAUCCACAUCUCCCUUUUUAUAUCAUUCAAGCGUGUUGAUUUACGAUAUGCAUUCUCCUUCCCUGUCAUCUGAAUACCUUUUUUAUUAAUGAUUGUAUCUAGUGGACGAAGCAAUCGUGCUAUUUGCCGAUAAAUCUGACGUUCUAUUCGCGAGUCAUCACUGGCCAACUUUCAAAUCUGAUGGAGGCAAUGAAAUCAUCGAGUUUUUAUCCGGACAACGAGAUCUUUACGCCUAUCUUCACAAUGAAACUCUCCGUCAAAUUAACAAUGGUCAAGUAGGCAUAGAAAUAGCAGAAACAUUCCAAAUGCCUUCUUCUCUAGAAUCAAUCUGGAGCACAAAAGGUUAUUAUGGUUCCAUCAGUCACAAUGUCAAAGCCAUUUAUGAUCGCUAUAUGGGCUGGUUCGACGGUAAUCCGGCUCAUUUAUGGGAACAUCCACCUGUCGCUAUCGCAAAACGCUAUGUAUUUUGCAUGGGAGGCAUAGAGAAUGUAAUUAAACUAGCCCGAGAAAAUUACAUUAACGUCUCCUCACCCGAUUACCGAUUUGCCGCAACCCUCCUAUCCCACGCCGUCUUCAGCGAUCAAAGCAAUCUCGAAGCCAAAACUGAACUCGCAAAUGUCUUUACAAAACUCGGAUAUGGAUCCGAAAAUGCCACAUGGCGUAAUUUUUAUCUCUGCGGUGCAAAAGAAUUACUAGGUCCCAUUCAACCAGCCAUGAAUGCUAUGAAUACUGCUUCUUGGAUGGCACUCUCCAUCGAACAAUUAUUAGACUCGAUGGCUAUCCGCAUCAAUGGACCUCUCGCUAUAGCGAAUAAUACCAAAUCCUUCAAAAUUGAAGUCAUGCUCUCUGAUGUACCAAUGAGCGAUGCACGUACUAAUACUGAUACAUCAGGCUGGCAUAUCAAUUUUAGUAAUGCAGUUAUGACGGAUCAUGAGAUUACGUAUUCUGAUACGGUGAAUACGGAUGUGGAUUUUACGGUAUGGGUUACUCAUCAACAGUUUGUGGAUUUGGUGAUUGGUAACCGGGUGGAUUUUGAGGGGUUGAAGACAGAGGGGGAUGAGGAGGUUUGGGGUUUGUUGUUUGGGUUGUUGGAUAUGGGGAAGCCAGGGUUUGCGAUUGUGACGCCGGAGGCGUAGAUGGAGGUGGAGUUUUUGGCUGGAGUUGAUGAAGGGGUGGUGAUAGGGGUAGCGAAUAGGUUUGACUUGGCUACCCUAUUUUCUACUUUCUACUUUCUACUUUCUACUUAUCUAUCUAUUUCUUUCCACUUUCCUCUCAAAAAAUCAAACAUAUCAAAACCAUAUAUAUAUAAAAAUUACCGUCUCAUUACCAAAUAUUAAC